AUGGUUUCCUUCUCCAAGAUCUGCUUCGUCGCCGUGUCGGCCAGCAGUGUCCUCGCCGCUCCCGCUCCUCACGGCCCUCUCGUCAAGUUUGGCGAGCUGAAGAAGCUUCCCACCAAAUGGGUUGCUACUGGUGCUGCUGACGGCGAUGCUGUCAUCAAGGCUCAGAUCGGCAUCAAGCAGAACAACAUCAAGGGUCUCCAGGACAAGCUAGCUGACAUUGCCGACCCCAACAGCCCCAACUACGGCCAGUGGCUGUCCAAGGAGGAGGUUGCCAAGUAUACCGCUCCUGCUGAGGCUGAUGUUGCUGCCGUCAAGGCCUGGCUCACCAGCGCUGGCAUCACCGAGGUGACUAUGCCCACUAACGAUUGGCUUGAGUUCUCCGUCCCCGUCUCCAAGAUGGAGUCUCUUCUCGGAAGCAAGUACGAGUGGUUCGUCCACCUCGAGACUGGCGAGAAGGUUCCCCGUACCAAGGAGUUCUCCGUCCCCCAGAACCUCCACGGUCUCAUUGACGUCGUCACUCCCACGACCGUCCUCUACCACAACAUCAACCCCCACUCCCACGGCAGCGAGCUCUCCGCCGCCGCCUCCGGCCUGACCAGCCCGGCCUCGAUCAAGUCGGCCUACAACGUCGACUACCAGGGCACCGGCAACACUCUCGUCGCCACCACCGGCUUCCUCGGUGUCGGCGCCUCGCACAACGACUACCUCGCCUUCGGCCAGCAGUUCUCGCCCGGCCUCAAGGACUUCUCGGACGUCAGCGUCAACGGUGGCAGCAACAGCGGCGACGGCAGCGCUCUCGAGGGCAACCUGGACACGCAGUACUGCGGCGCCUUGGCCUCGCCCAACCCCAGCGAGUACCUCGCGCACGCGCCCGAGGGCAGCGACAACAACUCCUUCAACGACGCCAUGACGGCCUUUGGCAACUACCUCAACUCGGCCAGCAACCCGCCUUCGGCCGUGUCCACCAGCUACGGCGGCGAGGAGGCCGGCGUCGACGCCGGCUACCUCGACCGCAUCUGCAACGAGUUCAUGAAGGCCGGCUCCCGCGGCAUCUCCAUCUUCUUCUCCUCCGGCGACAACGGCGUCGGCGGCAACGGCGAGCCCUCCUGCCAGAACGGCUACUACCCGCUCUGGCCCGCCUCCUGCCCCUACGUCACCACCGUCGGCGGCACCGAGUUCGACGGCUCCGGCCGCGAGGUCGUCGCCAACUUUGAGCAGUACAACAAGAACAUCAAGUCCCCCGGCGGCGGCUACUCCAACCACUUCGCCGCCCCCUCCUACAGCAAGAACGUCACCACCGCCUACGCCAACUCCCUCCCCGCGGCGCAGAAACAGCGCCUCAACCCCAACGGCCGUGGCUUCCCGGACAUCUCCCUCGUCAGCGUCAAGUUUCAGGUCAACGUCAACGGCCAGAACAGCCAGGUCCUCGGCACCUCCGCCUCCAGCCCCAGCGUCGCCGGCCUCGUCGGCCUGCUCAACGACUACCGCAAGACCCAGGGCAAGCCCAACCUCGGCUUCAUCAACCCUCUCCUCUACUCCGGCAAUGUCAACGCCGCCCUCCGCGACGUCACCUCCGGCUCCAACAAGGGUUGCGACAGCGUCGGUCUCCCUGCCAAGUCUGGUUGGGACGCCGCCUCGGGUCUUGGAUCCUUUGACUUUGGCCAGCUCCGCACUCUCAUCUAG